AGAAGCUGCAAAGGGCUGCCCCUCGCAAUCGUGGUGGUUGCAGGGCUCCUAUCCACGGUCAGCAAUAAUCCAGCUUCAUGGAGGGAAAUUGCACAAAAUGUAAACUCAGUUACUACUGAGAAACAAUUUGAAAAGAUAUUUUCUCUGAGUUACACCCACUUGCCUCAUUAUCUAAGGCCAUGUUACUUGUACAUUGGGAUGUUUCCGGAAGAUUGUGAGGUCCGUGUCUCAAAACUCAUCAAACUAUGGGUAGCUGAGGGAUUCUUGAGAGGUCGGAACAAAUUUAAAAGCUUAGAAGACGCGGCGGUGGAGUGUUUGGAAGAUCUUGUCAGGAGAAAUCUUGUUUUGGUCACCAAGAGAAAGUGUGAUGGCAGAAUCAAGAGCUGCAGCCUCCAUGAUCUGAUGCGAGACUUGUGCAUAAGAGAGGCGCAUGACGACAAGUUUCUUGUGAAUCUCAGUCGCGGGCGUGCCAUUUCAACACAAAGAGGAAACCAGCUUCGUGUAAGUGUUACAUCUUCGGGUUUACCAUACUUUUCGAAAUUAUAUGGCUUAACCAUCCAAACGAUUUUGUGCUUCCAUGGCAUCUCUGUAGCAAACAUGUUGGAAGGUUUUAGAUUGCUAAGGGUAUUGGAUGCAGGAGAUGUUUAUGUGAGUUCACUACCAGAUCAACUAUUUGACCUAUUUUAUCUAGCAUACCUUGCUAUCUGCUAUCUUGGAAGGAUACCUACAGCCAUUUCAAAGCUUCGUAAUCUUGAAAUUUUAAGCCUGCACGCAAAGAAUGAAUGGAUGCACUUUAGAUUACAUUCAAUCCGUUUGCCGCAGGAGAUUUGGACGAUGACAAGAUUAAGACAUCUUGUCUUCUAUGGAAGAUUACCAAAUCCAGAAGGAAUAACAUCUUCUAGUCUAGAAAACCUCCAAACACUCUCUAUAGUAUCACAUUCUAUGUGUAGUGAAUGGAUCUUGAGAAUGAUCCCAAACCUAAAGAAAUUGGAAAUUGAUUGCUCUGAUUAUCAUUCAGGCGUCUUGAACAAUUUGGUGCAUCUGCGUCAACUUGAAGAUGUGAAGUUACGUUCAUCUUUUACCAAUGUGUUUUGCCAUAAGGAUAUCUUCACUUUUCCUAGGACUCUGAGAAAGUUGACAUUAAGCCGUGUGCCUCUUCCUUGGGAGGAGAUGACUAUUGUAGGCUCGUUGCCAAAUCUUCGAGUGCUUAAACUGACUCACUGGGCUUGCAAAGGCAGCACAUGGCAAACAAGUGAUGGAGAGUUUCCUAAGCUGGAAUUUCUGGUGAUAGAGAAGUCGUAUCUCGAGGAUUGGAUAGCUGAAAGUAGCCACUUCCCGAUGCUCAAAGGCCUGGUGCUCGACGAGUGCUGGCAGCUCGCUGAAAUCACAGAAGAUAUCGGGGAAAUUCCAACACUCGAGCUGAUUGAGGUGAAGGGGAAAGCGCGAACGUCACUCGUGGAGUCGGCCAAGUGGAUUCUAGAGAAACAACAAGAGUGGGGAAAUGAUGCCCUUCAAGUUCGUUGCAUGGCUCAUCGAUGAUGUGCUCUUUCCAACCUUCUGUCGACACAGAAGAUUAAUUUUGUUGCAGAUCAGGAAAUAUGCAAUCAAAUGUGAUGAAGUAGGCCUCAGAUUCUCACAACGACAGUUUUGGCUUCAAGUUCGUUUUAUGACUCGUUAAUCAUGAUACUCUUCUAAUGAGGUAACUCCAAAUUCCUUCGAACUAAAUCUUUUUAUAUAUAAAUAACAGAUUCAUAGGUGGUC